ACCCACAAACUCCUCCUUUGGUGUUAGCAGUUAGCUCACAAAGAAAGAAAAAUCAUGGGUUUUCCAAAGGAGUACCUUGAUUUGGUGUUGGUCCCUAGCGGGUUGCUGAUCAUGUUUACUUACCACAUCUUCCUCCUUUACCGAUACCUUCACAGGCCUCACACCACAUUCAUGGGAUAUGAGAACAAUGACAAGAGAGCUUGGGUCGAAAGUAUAAUGGAGCAAAGGGAAGAGCAUAGUAUGAUCAGCAGAGCUCUCACCGUGACCAACUCCAAUUCAAAUGCAGCGAUGUACUUGGCAACUAUCUCUUUGACUCUCUGCUCUCUGAUUGGAGCCUGGAUUGCAAACUCUUCCAACAACCUCUUUCAAAGCGAAAUUAUCUACGGAGACACGAGGCAAUCCACCAUUUCCAUCAAAUACAUAAGCCUCCUAACCUGCUUCCUCCUUGCGUUUUCAUGCUUUGUUCAGUCAGCAAGGCACCUUGUCAAUGCUAGCUAUCUGAUAAGCAACCCCAGCAAUAAAGUUCCUGUGAGUAGUGUGGAGAUUGCUGUCAUAAGGGGAGGUGAACUUUGGUCACUUGGACUUAGAGCUCUAUAUUUUGCUCUCAAUUUGCUGCUGUGGUUUUUUGGUCCAAUACCCAUGUUCAUGUCCUCAAUUGUUAUGGUAACAAUCCUCCAUUACCUCGAUGCCAAUUCAAAAGAACUGAAUCAGUAUGGCUCUGCAGGUAGCCUGACUGUUAACAAGAGUACUUCUCAACAGCAUGUCUAAAACUGCCUGCCUGCCAUUAUUCAGCAACAUGGUGUAAGGUCUAAUUCCGGUUUGUAAUAUGUUCUAUUUGGGUGAAUGUAUUCAAUGUCAUUCAGGGUA